GUAAGAUCAAGGUGUGUUGGUAGCUAAACUGCAGGGUUUCGAGACAGGUGAAAUUGGCUUCCAAUUAGUAAAUUACAAUAAUAUAUAAUUAUCCAAGAUGUCGAGCCGUAAGACGAAAGGAAAGACAACGAAGAAGCGAGCACAACGUGCCACUUCCAAUGUGUUUGCUAUGUUUGAUCAAGCACAGAUCCAAGAAUUCAAAGAAGCAUUUAACAUGAUUGAUCAAGAUAGAGAUGGCUUCAUAAACAAAGAGGAUCUUCACGACAUGUUGGCAUCCCUUGGCAAAAACCCAACAGAUCAAUAUUUAGAUAGUAUGAUGAAUGAAGCACCUGGUCCAAUCAAUUUUACAAUGUUUUUGACAUUAUUUGGGGAAAAACUUAAUGGCACAGAUCCAGAAGAUGUUAUUAAGAAUGCCUUUGGAUGUUUUGAUGAAGAGGCAACUGGUUUCAUCAAUGAAGAUAGGUUACGUGAACUUCUUAUGACCAUGGGAGAUAGAUUCACAGAAGACGAAGUAGAUGAGAUGUUUCGUGAAGCGCCCAUUAAAAACAACAUGUUCAACUAUGUGGAAUUCACACGUAUACUUAAACACGGAUCGAAAGAUAAAGACGAUAACCCAAAUAUUUAAAUUUUCCUGCAAAUUUGGUAUUAGUGUCCUAACACAUAAACGUCAGUAGGUCCUAAACACAUUAAACAUGGCAUAUGGAUCUGUAGCUGUUUUUUGUGUUAAACCGCCAUGUUCACUUCCACAGACACGCCCUCAUAACUGUGAAUGAUGGUCAAUUACUGUAUAAUACUUUAUUUUCGCUUGGAAUCUAUUUUCGCUGAAGGGAUGAUUCCGUGAAAAUAAAAUCCAGCGAAUAUACUUUUUUUCCUAUAUUUCACAUUAAACUCAUCAAAAAUCAGUGAAAAUAAAUUCCAUACAAAACGCCCAAAAAGCAUUUUCAGCGAAAAUUAAUUCCAGCGAAAAUAAAGUAUUCCACAGUAUUAGGUUAAUAUUUACUAAUAACCAUCUAUUGAAAGUAUUAGGCACCAAAAUAGAGAUGCUUGUUGAAUUUAGAAAAACCUUGUGUGGUCUGGUGUUUGUUCGACAUUAUACAAACACUGUGUUAACAGCUACCAUAGCUUUUUUCAUGCAUGUAUUUUAGUUAUUAUUCAACUUCUGCCUUGUGUCACGCUUGUUGGUGCAUCCGCCGUUUCUUUAUGAUGGUGCUCCCAGAUAUAAUUUUAUACAAAAAUGAAAAAAAAAAGGAAAUUAUUCAAAAUUCAUUCGUAGCGAGUGGUAUAUAAUAAUAUAGAAUGAUUGAUGGUGAUGUUGUCCUUGUCCUGCCUAGCAAGUAAAAGAAGUUGAAUAAAAGUAGUGGCAAUAAAGUAAGCUUUAAUAUAGGAUAUUUUGGACACUUUUAUUAGUUUUCAUUUAAUUACAGAUGACUAGUUUUAUUGUGCUUGGAACAAGACUGAAUAAUGUGAUACAAACUUGUAAUACUGUAAAAUACAUUUUUCUUGGAAUUAAUUGUUGCUAUUUUCGCUUAAAGAAUGAUACAGUGAAAAUAAUAUCCAGCGAAUAUACCUUUUUUCUUGCAUUUUACAUUCAGCUUGCGAUAGUCCUUGAAAAUAAAUAUACAAAUCAUCCAAAAAGUUCCAGCUAAAAUAAAGUAUUUUACAGUAGUUCAUUUAAGGUGGCGGUAUUUACACUGCUAAAAUGGUUUCACCCUGUUGAUUUGCAUAUGGUAUGCAUUAAUAUUAUCUAAAUCUGUACAAGGCUUAUUUAUUCAUUUGGUUUUAUUUUCACUUAUUUUGCCAUGGCUAAAUACACUAAAUUGAAAUCAAGUGAAUAUUCACAUUUAACAAUAGAAUUAAUUGUUUCCUCCUCAAACCAGAGAUUUUAAAACCUAGCGAGUAUCUUAGCAACGUCAAAUCUGCUAAAAUGAAAAUUGCUCAAGUAUUUACUCAAAUUAUUUGUUCGUUCACGCACAGCUUAAAAAUGAACACACUUUCUGACAAAAGUUAUCAUGCAUUUGCCAUAAAGCAUAUUUCAGUCUUACUUACUUCAGUCUACUAUUUUUGUUUUAUUAGAAUCGCAUCUUGUGUGAAUCACCUGAUAAAAGGUUACCAUAAAUGGAUCAGUAUUUGGUCUACUUAAAAUUCUUCACAUGUGAUUCUAAUGUAAACAAAACAUUGAUGAACACCCAUGCCCCAAUAUGGCUUUUCCCGUUUUAGAAUCAUCACUGACUGCAAUAACAAACUUCAGAUUUCACCAAUUCUUGUCUUGUCUUGUAUGAAAACAAUUUGUUGACUUUGACUGUUGCGCAGACCAAUGAGUACAAACUGAGACGUUACUAAGCAUUAACGAGGUAAUUUCUUUGGUGAUUGGUAGGUUUCAAAGGAGUCUCCGGUGGUAAUUAGUGCACCCAGUUCGAAACUCAUGCUCAUGCUCGUGAUUUUCACGAGACGAGCACAUUGGAUUGUGGGUAAAUAGAUAUUCAUCAACACAAAUGUCACGCAUACACAACAUGACGACCGCUGAAUUUUAAAAUAUUAAGUAUUAGUUCUCUCACAAUUUUUUUUCAAUUAUUGCAUUUUUUAUUUCUCAUAACAUUCCAAUUAUUUGACAAUUUCUGUAAGAUUUUUUCUGUCACUAUGAUGUAUCUUUUAUUCAUAUAAUUGUGUUAUUAGAAUAUUUGUUCAAUAUCUUUAUUUUUAUAUUGACAUCUGAAUAUUCGCUAUACAAUUACUUUGUGUCAGACUCUUUAAAAUAAAUCUACUAGUAUUCCUAUA